CUUUCGUGAAAACUGAAGAAUGUAAUUUAAUUUCAUAAAAAUUAGAAUAUUCCUACUGCAGUCUGCAUUAUUUCGAUUUAUAUUUUAGAUUUAUAAUUAUUGUGUAGCAAGAUACAAUUCCUUUGAACAGGCUGUGGGGGAGUUUUGCUGAUGAGAAUCAACCCAAAAUUAAUUAGAUGAUUUUGAGUUAUUGAGUUGUCCUUUUCGAUCUUUUAAUUUAUUAUUACAUAUUAUUUAUAAAAAUGACUUCGAUUUUUGACCAGAAAGAGAAUGCCUCUCAAAUAUCCCGAAGCGCAGUGCCAGUGUCCGAGCAAAUGACCUCUUCUGGUUAUAUUAAUAUGCAGCUAGAAGAUAAUACACCAAUGUUUUCAAAGCAGCGUAUGAACUUCAAUCCUUCUGACCUGAUAACACAUGUCGCUGUUUCCAGUGAUUACUUAGUUUUGGCGAUGGCGAAUGGACGACUCUUUCGGUUAGAUUUAAAAAUGCCAGAUCAGCAUGAAGAAAUACAGUUCUCAAAACAUGUACAACCCAGUUCUAAGCUCACAUCUCUAUUUCUUGAUCCACUUGGACACCAUUUGCUACUAGCUUUUUCUGCAAGAAGCAAAGAUGGUAACCCAGAGUUGGUUUACCUACAUCGCAAGAGUACCAAACUUAAAUCUGUGAGCAAAUCAAGAAACUUUGAAGUGACAGAAGUUGGUUGGAACUAUGAGAAUAAAUCACUCACUUCUUCGGGCCCUAUCCUUUUGGGCACUUCUCAAGGACAUAUCUUGGAAACUGAGUUGGAUGCAGAAAGUGAUAGAAUGUUUGCAGCAAGUCAGCAAUAUUGGAGACAGCUGCCAAGUUAUUUACCACUGUAUGGAGGGAAGGAUAUUGAUGGAUUGAUCUUUGACAUUGGGAAAGGCACAGACACCCCAAUAACUGGAAUACAAUUUCAUCGAGUGAACAAGACCAGUAAAUACUUUGUAUUUGUGACAACACCAACAAGGCUGUACCAGUUCAUAGGCAAUGCUAUGUUCACUGAUGACAAACCCUCGCUCCAAUCAAUAUUUCAUUCUUAUCUCACAACACCGGAGACCGGAUUUCAGGAAAUACCUUCCACAUUGAAAUAUUCCAAGUUACAAUUCUACUGUGAUAAAAGCAAUUCUCCAAAGACAUUUGCAUGGUUGACUGAGCCUGGUAUUUUUUAUGGUCAGCUGGACCCAGCAUCUCAACAAAACUCAAACUCGCUAUUCACACAAAGUGAACUGAUAAACUAUCCACCAAACAAAGACAACAGCAAUGAGACCACACCUUUAGCAUUCGUGUUAACAGAGUUCCACGCACUGCUCAUGUAUACAGAUAGAGUCAAAGCUAUAUGCCUUCUGAACCAUGACCUUGUAUAUGAAGAACGCUUCUCAGAAGUUCACGGGAAACUAAAGAACAUUGUCAAAGACCCGCUAAGACGCAGCAUAUGGGCAGUCACCGACAAAGCAGUUCUAAGAUACAAAGUUGUCAGAGAAGAGAGAAAUGUUUGGCGAAUAUAUUGUGAUAUGGGGCUGUUCGAUCUCGCAAAAUUGUACUGCCAAAACAACCCGGCCUAUGUCGACAUUGUUAACGUCAAACAGGCGGAUCUGCUGUUCUCAAAGGGAGAUUACGAGAAAAGUGCGGAAGUGUUCGCCGACACCCAGAGAAGUUUCGAAACUGUUUGCCUAAUGUUUCUGGAAGUAGAUCGUAUUGAUGCGCUUAAAAUAUACCUCCUUAGAAGACUUGACGCUCUAAAUGAUGAUGAUAAGACGUUGAUAUCUAUGAUAGUUAUCUGGAUGACCGAGCUGUUUUUAUCCCAACUCGGCUCUUUACGCAGGACGGGCAAAGAUGAUUCCCAAGAAUACCACGAGUUGCAAAGUGACUUUGAAGUAUUUUUACUGCAGCCAAAGGUAGUUCAAUGUAUGCAGCACGUAAAAUCUGUUGUUUAUGACCUCAUGUCUUCGCACGGGGAUAAGCAAAAUCUAAUAAAACUGACUAAUAUCAAUGAGGAUUACGAAAACGUUGUCGCACAGCAUAUUUAUAGGAAGUCCUAUAAUGAUGCACUGGAAAUGCUACAGUCAUUGAAGAAGCCUGAUUUGUUUUAUCAGUUUGCGCCAGUUCUGAUGGAAGAGACACCAAAAAACACGAUCAAUGCAUUGAUAAGUCAAGGAGCUAAGCUGAGCCCCACUAGACUUCUACCAGCGUUUCUGUCUUGCCAGAAUGAUGAUGCGCAUUCGGCAGAAAUAACUCGGUACCUUGAGUUUAUGCUGCAUAAUUUCAACGUGAAGGACAAGGCUAUACAUAAUUACUUGCUGACACUAUACGUGGAACACGAUACCGACGCGCUGAUGAGAUACUUGGUCAGGCAAGGACAGGAUAUCGCCAUGGUCAACUAUGAUGUGCAUUACGCUUUGAGGUUGUGCCGCGAGAAGAGUUUGUCCAAGGCGUGUGUGAACCUGUCCGCGCUCCUGGGCCUGUGGGAGGCGGCGCUAGAGCUGGCGCUGGAGGUAGACCCGGCGCUGGCCAAGACCGUGGCGGCCAUGCCUGAGGACCAGGCGCUUCAGAAGCGACUGUGGCUAGCUGUCGCUGAGAACAUAAUAAACAAGAACCAAGACAUAAAGGAAGCCAUGGGUCUGCUCCGGGAGUGCGCGCUGAUCAAUAUCGAGGACAUCCUGCCCUUCUUCAGUGACGUCACCACCAUUGACCACUUCAGCGAACCCAUCUGCCAAACGCUAGAGGAAUAUAAUAAUCAAUUAGAGGAGUUACAAGCAGAGAUGGACGACGCUACGGAGUCAGCUGAAUAUGUCCGCAAAGAGAUUCAAUCGUUCCGCGAGCGCUGUGUGCUGGUGUCGGUGACGGACACCUGUAACUUGUGUGAGCUGGCUCUGCUGCUGAGGCCGUUCUACCUUUUCCCCUGCAGCCACUGCUUCCACUCCGACUGCCUGCUGCAGGAGAUACUGCCGCUACUAGCGAGCGGCCGCCGCAACAAGGUGGCCGAGCUCCAGCGUCAGUUGGGCGUGUUGCCCAGCAGCGAGCUGAACGCGGUGACGGCGAGCGGCCUGUCGCUCCGGGAGGUGAUCACCAACGAACUGGACGACAUCGCAGCCGCCGAGUGUCUGUACUGCGGGGAGCACAUGAUAGCCAGCAUCGAUCAGCCUUUCAUCGCGGAGGCCGACUGGGAGAAACUCGUAAAGGAGUGGGAGUGACACGUGGCCGUCACCGACAUGCAUCGGUUUUGGAUCCUAACUUUAUAGCAAGUCUUGCAUAUUCAAACCAUUAUAUCGAAGUAUUUAAGAAGAUUAGCUAACUUCAACGAUUUGUAUCAAUUAUUUAGAAAUAAGAAUUUGAUUCGGUGACGGGGAAUAACGUUAUUUAAUUGUCACCGUGACUGUCAUUCCAGUUCCAUAAAAGUCACUUUGAUUCCAAUGUCUUCAUAGUUCCUUUAAUAACGGUGAUAGGUUUAAUAAGGUAACUAAGUACAAAAAACAAAGCAAUAAUAAACUUAAUUAUUCACACAAAAAAAAAAAAACAAAAAAAGUGUGUGUUUGUGUGUACUUAUGUAUACACGCAAGAAGUUAUACUUCUUUGGCCUAACGAAGCAAAAAUCAUUCAAAUGAAAUCAUUUCAAUCAAUCAAUCAAAUCGUAGAAUAGCACGAGGAAUAAAUAUUCCUCGUGCUAUUCUACGAUUGUAGUAAGAAAAAUUUUGUAAAAAUCUUGCAAACAUGCCUUUGACAAUUAAUUAUUAGACGUAUGUAAUACGGCAGUAUGGACUUGAACCAUUUGCCUGUCCUAAUAAUGCACGAAGAAACCAAUAACAUUUUAAGAACCAACUUCAACCUGUUACUUUUGUGUUACAAUUAUGCGCGCCUAAAGAAGUAUAACUUCAAAAAUAGCACAUAAUAACAUAACGUGUGCUUUUUUAUGGAAAAGUACGACACACGAGCGUACGGUUCACCUGGUGUUAAGUGAUAACCGCCGCCCACAUUCUCUUGCAACACCAGAGGAAUUUCAGAAGAGUUGCAGACCUUUUAAAAAGGUGUAAUCUCUUAAUUAUUGUUACGAUCGCAAUAAAAAUUCUCAGUACAGGUUCAAUUUAACACUUACAACACUAAAACUCGUUACAACUUACAAUGACAGUGACAGGGAUAGAUCACUGUGACAUUCCAGAUCGGCGUUUCACCAUGACAGUAUUAAUUACUCAUCUCUUAUUUAUUACACUUGCAAUGUUUCUUUUGGAUAUAAAUCUCAUAAAACCGCAGUGAAAUAAUAACAUUCAUAGAUUAUCAGGCUGUGAACAAAGCAGUCUUUCGGAUAUAAUGAAUUUUAAGAACAAAAAAGACAGACCACUUCACUGAUUGAGAUGUUGUAGGUCCACAAAAUUAAUGUAUUGCUUAUGGUGUUUUACAUGAUUAUGAAGAGAUUUUUAUACAUAGGUGUUAAGAUAACGGAUAUAAAAAAAAUGUAAAUAAAUUCAGUACAGCUUAAGACGUUAUUAUUAUAUACUAUGAUUCAUAUCGUAUAAUUAAGGCAAACAAACGAAUAAAAACUAAAAAAAUAAUAAAUAAAAAUGCAAAUAAUUACCGUUGUCGGUAAAUGACUGUAACCACAGAAAUAAAAUAAGAAGAUAUGUAAUAUAUGUUGUCAGUAAUUCCUUCAGGGAUGACCGUCGCCUACAUACCUGGUAAUGUAUUAUGGCCCCGUUAAUUGGCAAAUGAACAAACGUGCAUAAUGACGGCGAAUACGAAUAAAUUAAGAAUCAUAAGUAAGUAAUCAUAGUGAAAAAUAAUCGCAUUAAAAAAAUACACCGAUGAAAUGUAAUAUUUUUAUAUACUUGCAGAUUAUGGAAGAGUUUCUUCAGUUUUAUUUCUUGCAUUUAUUCUUUAAUAGCCUGUUAACUACCUGUAAUACUACAAUAAUAAUACAAAAUAAUGUUUUGAACUUUUUCUGGGAUCUUGUUUUAAAAGCAUAUACAGUCAGCGUCACCCAUUGUAUUCAAAAACAUGGCAACACCCAUUAUUACCAUAUACAUCGAUUCACCGAAAGUGACCAAAUAGAGAGCGUCAUUCAAAUUCCAUCUAUUUGGUCUUGCCAUAUUUUUGAAUGCAAUUGGUGACGCUAUCUUUUUGACUCUGACUGUCCAUCGCCCCACAAAAGACUUAACACUUAGAAAUAGAAAAUUAUUGAUAAUAUUAACAGUUUUAUAGAUAAAUCGCUAUAUAAUAUUGUUAGGUAAUCGCUAAGCAAACUUAUUAACAUAUAUAUUAAUAGUUUUAUAGAUAAAUCGCUAAAUAAUUUUUUUAGGUAAUCGCUUAGCAAACUUGAUAUAGAGCUUCUUGCCAGAGCCCAGGCUGCCCGCGAUACAUAUUUUGAGCAACAAAUCAGCACUUAGUAUUGAAUCCUAUGCCCAUAAUUACAUUCAAGAUUUUUGUAAAUUUUAAUUGUAAUAUUGAUUAUUUGCCAAAACAAUUUGACUGCAUAUAUCUCAUAGGUAUUCACGCACUACCUGUAUUUUACAUAUAAAAUAGUUUUUAAUGACAAUAUGCAAGACUUAGUUUAUUGUGAUCUCCAGGAUCAAAAUCAUAACCCUAACAUAUUAGUAGUUGGGAAACAACUUGAGCGAAUACGACAAUAUAACUCGGUGCUCGGUAAUUUAUAAUUAUUUUAGAAUCCGACCAAGAUUGCCAGAACCUCUUUGACAAAAUGAGUAAAGACUGGGGUUCCUUGAACAACUGUUCCGCCUUGCUGAAGAUGGGGAUGUAUUCAGAGAUGACGGCCAACCUUCAUGAAGGAAGAGCCAAGAGGCACUUGGUUGAAUCAUGUAGGCUAUUCACGAAAUCGAGCAAAUAGAACUAAUUUUUUUAUGAAAUUUUGUAUAUUAUAAAAGUUUUCUUACAUAUAUCACUGUAAAAUGUAAUGUUAAUUAUAUUAUGUUUAUCGAAUUGUGAAUAUAUUUCAUUUACUAGUCUGAAAUCUGAACUUUGAUGAUUAUUUCAUACGGCUUGUAAGGCGUCUUUAACAGUUUACUUCCACGGGUCUACUGACGUUAUAUAACGUAGCAAGCUUGCCUGAAUAUCUAUACAACACUGCUAAUAUAAACCAAUGAAAAAUAAA